GUUCCUACAUAAGCCGAGGCAGAAGGACGAACAAGUAGAGGGGAAAGACGAAGGAAGGGGAAAUUUCCGCCAAGGGUGGGAUCGAAGAGAGCUGGCUCGGAGCGGGUCCAAUCGAAUCCUCGACUUAUACCUGGUGAUUGGGAGAACGAAUGAGCUGUGGUUAUUAGGAGGGACUUUUUUUUUCCUUCUUCUGGCUGCAUUCUCUUUAGGUUGUAUUUUAUUCCUCUUGUUGGAAGUGUGAAGGUCAAGCACACAGUCAUCCUUUAGUGAUGGAUCACUCUGGGAACUUAAGCCAUCGCGAUCACACAAUUGACAUACCAAGAAAUGAUGUUACCUCCUCAUCAACAUCUCUCCGGGACAAUCACAAUGGCUUGGAUGAGUUGCACCACGACAGGGUUCCUUCAAAUGAAGUUCCCCCUGUCCCAGAAAGUUCUUCUGGCACAAUUGCUGCAUCAAACUCUCGAAAUGCAUCUGUUGCAAGAAGAGAUCAAGGUCGUCGUCAGCAGAAUCCUUUGAAUUCUGGCAUCUGGAUCUCAAUUGAGCUUAUCGUAAAUGUUACCCAGAUUAUUGCAGCUAUUUCUGUUCUGUCAGUAUCAAAGAAUGAGCAUCCACAUGCUCCAUUAUCUGUGUGGCUUAUUGGUUAUACAAUUGGUUGUAUUGCUACUCUUCCGCAUCUUUAUUGGCGCUAUCUCCAUCGCAAUCGCCAGAACACUGAGCAGGAACAAACAAGCCAAGAUUCAUUUGAAAGGAACAUAUCUGAGCCUAAUUCUUACACAUCGGAAGUUGUGGACAGUGCCAACAGCACUGGCGUCUCAAGAACUAAUUUCACAGUUGCAAGUCCAAGGGUCUACGCAAUGGUUGCCUGCUUUAAAUUGGCUCUGGAUUUUUUCUUUGCUGUUUGGUUCGUUGUGGGCAAUGUGUGGAUAUUUGGUAGCCAUUCUUCUGUCCAUGACGCUCCUAACUUGUAUAGGCUGUGUAUAGUAUUCCUUGCGUUCGGCUUCAUCAGCUAUGCAUUACCUUUCAUUCUCUGUACAAUGAUAUGCUGCUGCCUACCCUGCAUAAUCUCCAUGAUGGGCUUCCAUGAGGAUUUGGAUCUGAACCGAGGUGCUGCCACGGAAGCAAUAAAUGCCUUGGUGGCAUACAAGUUCAAAUCGAAAAAGAUUCAUGGCGAUGAUGUGGGAGAAGAUGGUGGUGGAGUCUUGGCGGCUGGAACUGACAAGGAGCGAACUAUUUCUGCAGAAGACGCCGUUUGCUGCAUCUGCUUGUCAAAGUUCUCGAACAAUGAAGAUCUACGAGAACUUCCCUGCACGCACGUCUUCCACAUGGAAUGCGUAGAUAAAUGGCUCCAGAUAAACGCACUGUGUCCUCUUUGUAAGGCUGAGAUAGGUGGCUCAACAAGUGUUUCAGAAACUGGCUCUGGGGGCCCUCGCAGCGACAACAGAGUAGGAGAUGACGUUGAGUCGCAACGGUAGCUGCUAUUGUGCUCUAUCCCAUGGACAUGAGGAUGGAAGAUGCCCCACAAUGCGGCCUAAAAUGAUUUAUUUGUGGAUUAACAUGACAAACUACAAGUAGGAAUGUCACUCUUUGUAUGAUCCGAGUAUCCGACAAGUCCUUUUUUUUUCUAAGGGACUUGUUUCGCUUUGCCAAUAUAGUAUUUCCUGCCUACACCGUUCGGUGGCAUUCUCUCAGAAUUUCUUAUACAUUGUUGCCGUCAUUGUUCUUACCUGAAACGUCUGUAGAAAUCAUGCUUUGCUAGCAGGUUUUGGAAUGCUGAUGAAACAUGAAAGUGACCACUAAGCUAAGUACGUUUGUGGGUUGUUGAUGUUAA